GUCCAUUAAAAUCAUCAAUUCCAUAGCAUAUCUGUUCAGCUUGUUCCAGUCAUACUAUCAACUACUUCUGAACCAUUUUUCAAGUUCUUGAGUAUAUAAAGAAAAAGAAAUGAGCAGCGGAGAUUGGUUGUGUGGCUCGUGCCAGCAUUUGAAUUUCAAGAAACGAGAUUCAUGCCAUCGUUGUAGAUUCCCUAAAUUUGGCAGUGAGGCUGAUAUGGCAUCCUAUGGGAUCAACAGGGAAGAAGUCUUGGCUGGGGACUGGUACUGCAAUGUCAUGAACUGUGGAGCACAUAAUUAUGCUAGCAGAACAAAUUGCUUUAGAUGUGCUGCCUCAAAAGAAGAUUUUUACGGGUAUGGUGCUGGCGUAAUGGCAUCAGGAGGGUAUGCAUGUGAAAAUACCGUUCCUCCUGGUUGGAAAUGUGGUGACUGGAUUUGCAACAGAUAUGGAUGUGGCGUACACAAUUAUGCCAGUAGGAUGGAAUGUUAUAAAUGCAAAACACCAAAGGAAUAUGGUGGUGCAGUGUGAAGAAAAUGAACUACGAAAGAUAUCUACUAUAAGCAGCGACUUCUGACCCCCCCCCCCCCCCCCCCCCCCCCCCUCUCCCCAAACAAAAAAAAUAAAAAACUUAUCUUUUUUCCCCAUGUCCCUUGCCAGUUAAUUUAAAAGUUCAUAGUCGGUUUUCAGUUUCAGUUCCACUAUCAUGUCCAUGUCUCCCCUAAAAAGGGUUUCCUAGUGUAUUGUAUGGUGCAAUCUUAUUCUACAUGAAGCUAAUGAAAUGCCUCAACUUUUUGCACAUUUAUAACAGCAUUCCU